AUGGAAUCUGAUAAUAGGACGGAUUUAACAAAUUACUAUGAAAUUAGACAUAUAGAUGAAGAUGACAAUAAUAUUCCAUAUAAUGAUGAUCAUAAAUUAAAUUCAAAUAAUCAAAGGCACCCUUCAACAUCAUCAUCUUCAUUAUCAAUUACAAGUUGUAAGUCAAAAAAUUUUAGUAAUGACAAUAUUCAAUUUGAAUUACAAUCAAAAAAUGAAAAUAAUUAUAAAAAAGAUGAUGACAAUAAAAAUUCUCAUAGAAGCAUGAAUAGAAAUCAUUCGACGUCAGGAAAUGAUACAAAAACAAAUAAAGAAGAAAAUUUUGGAGUUUCAUUUAAUUCUUGUUCUUCUUAUCGGUAUAAAAGCAAUUCUACUGGGUUUGAAAAAACAGAAAGAUUAAAAAGUGAAAAUAAAGAAUCACCAUCUGCUUCAAUUUCUUCGUGUACAAAUUCAUCACCAUCAUAUAAAAAUAAUUUACCUGAGGAUAAUAAAAAAGAAUAUCAGCAUCCCAAAACUUUAGAAGGUGUAUUAGAAUCAAAUAGUUUUAACGAAAAUAACGCAAACAAUCAGCAAUCAUUAUCUAUUGGGUCAUUGUUUCGUGGAACAAAAGGACAUAUAUCAUCACUUCUAUAUUCAGUUAGUCAGUGGUUUGUUACUACAUCUGCUGGAGGUACAUCUUCUAACCAAACUUCUUCAUCAUAUUUUUCACCUUGUGCAGCAGAUAUCGUUUCACUUGACAGUUGUGCAACAGCAACUGAUCCUAACGGUUAUUUCUAUACAACACAUACAUCAAAAGAUAAUAUUGUUAAUUCAAACUUUAAUAAUAAAAAAGUAUUUAUUAAAAAAGAUAAUUCAUCAUUUGUAGGAGUAAAACAAUAUAACUCAAAUAAAAUGAAUCCAACAAAUAUUGAUGAUACUAAAAAUACAAAUAAUGAAAGCGUUGAAGUAAUACAAGGUGAUGAAAUUAAUUCAACAAUUCCAAGUCCACUUAAUAAUACAAAUCUUAUUCAAGAUAAUAUAAGAAGUUUUUAUGAUGUUGUAAUAAAUGAAACGACAACUUUACGUGUUCCACGACGUUACCAAAAUAUAACAUUAAUUGGUUCUGGUGCUCAGGGUUGUGUUUAUUCUGCUUUUGAUACAAUCCAACAUAUUCCAGUUGCUAUAAAAAAACUAUCUAGGCCAUUUCUUAAUUCAACACACGCAAAAAGAGCCUAUCGUGAAUUUUGUUUAUUAAAUAUGGUUCACCAUCGAAAUAUUAUUAGUUUAUUUAACGCAUUUACACCUCAAACAACGUAUGCGGAUUUUACUGAUCUCUAUAUAGUUAUGGAAAAAAUGGAUGCUACUUUACAACAAGUUAUUCAAAUGCAGCUUGAUCAUGAAAGAAUAUCUUAUUUACUUUAUCAAAUGUUAUGUGGUAUAAAGCAUCUUCAUGCUGCUGGAAUAAUACAUAGAGAUUUAAAACCAAGCAAUAUAGUUGUCAAUAAACAUUGUGUACUUAAAAUUUUAGAUUUUGGUUUAGCACGUUCUGCAGCAAAUGCAAAUGCUAAUAUGACACCAUAUGUUGUAACAAGAUAUUAUAGAGCACCUGAAGUUAUACUUGGAAUGCCAUAUCAAGAAAUUGUUGAUAUAUGGGCUAUUGGAUGUAUUUUUGGUGAACUUAUUCUUGGGCAUGUUUUAUUUCAAGGUUCUGAUCAUAUUGAUCAAUGGACAAAGAUUGUUGCACAAUUAGCAAGUUAUGUUAGACAAAGACCUAGAAUUGAAGGUUGUAAAUGGGAACAACUAUUUCCAACAAAUAAUUUUCCAGCUGAUAGUAUUCAUUCAAAUUUAACUGCUGAUCAUGCAAGAGAUCUUCUUUCUCGAAUGCUUCAAAUUGAUCCAGAUAAGAGAAUAACUGUUGAUGAAGCAUUAGAACAUCCAUAUGUUAGAAUAUGGUAUGAUUCUGAUGAAGUUAACACAAAACCACAAGGUAAUUAUGAUGAAAGUGUUGAUAGUGAUCAUACAGUUGAAGAAUGGAAAACAUUAAUUUAUGAUAAAAUUAAACAAUAUCAAACAGAAAAUGAUAUAUAUACAAAGUUAGCACCAAUUCAAGAAGAAAGCGCAAAUGGUGCUCAAAAUUGA